AUGUCAACACACGAGACAGAGUUUCAUCUCGAUGAUGUCCUCGCUCGUUUACUUAAAGCACGCGACUAUGAACCGGGAAAACUAGUUGAUAUUAGUGAAGAUGAAAUACAUCAGUUAUGCUCAAAGGCGCGCGAAAUCUUCCUUCAACAACCAGUUUUAUUACAACUUGGCACACCAGUAAAAAUUUGUGGUGAUAUUCAUGGUCAAUAUACUGAUCUAUUACGAAUAUUCGAAUGUUGUGGUUAUCCACCAAGUUCGAAUUAUUUACUUCUUGGUGAUUAUGUUGAUCGUGGCAAACAAUCCAUAGAAACGAUUUGUCUAUUGUUUGCCUAUAAGAUAAAAUAUCCUGAAAAUUUUUUUCUUCUUCGCGGAAAUCACGAAUGUGCGGCAAUUAAUCGAAUUUAUGGAUUCUAUGAUGAGUGUAAACGUCGAUACAGUGUGGAAUUGUGGAAUUUACUCAAUGAUUGUUUCAAUUGUUUACCUAUCGUAGCCAUUGUCGAUGACAAGAUCUUUUGUUGCCAUGGAGGUUUAUCUCCUGAUCUUCACAAAAUAGAACAAAUACAACGAAUUAUCCGUCCAGUCGAAGUACCUGAUACAGGCUUAUUGUGCGAUUUACUAUGGUCGAGACCGGGUGUUGAUAUCGAAGGUUGGGUUGAAUGUGAGCGUGGUGUGUCAUUCAGAUUCGGUGCUGAUAUUGUGCAACAAUUUCUCGCAGAUAACCAGUUUGAAUUAAUAUGUCGAUCACAUGAUGUCCUGGAUGAUGGCUACGAAUUCUUUGCUGAUCAUCAACUAGUAACAAUAUUCUCAGCAGCGAACUACUGCGGUCAAUUCAAUAAUGCUGGUGGAAUCAUGUCUGUCGAUAAGUCACUAAAGUGUUCCUUCGUGAUUUUAAAACCAUCUACAACAAAAGUUCAACAUUGA